ACAGGUAAGAUAAACCUCAGUUAAAGAGAAAGAAACAAUAUGCAUAAAAAAAAAAAAAGAGAGAGAGAAAGAAACAAUAGCAGAUGGAGCUCGUGUCGGUAACAACUAACAAGACCCAGUGGAGCCAAUAAGAAAUGUCAUUGUUGAAUUCAAACUUCCCACUUGUGUGAACUGGACUGGAAGCAGCUAGCAAACUAGGGCAGGGAAAAUGACGUAGGAUAUAUUAUCUUCAAAAGGAAUCACUUUAACUGAAAAAGAUAAAAUAAGUAAAAUAACAAUAAUUGAUAGAAAAGCAAAUGAUAGACAGUGACCGCAGGGAUAAACUCACAACUCAUGAAGAUAAAAUCAUGACAAGGAAGUGAAGCUACAGGGUUCAAAAUUUCCUUAUAACAAUCGACCAUCACCAUUUAAAAUGUAAACCACUAUUUCUCUCAAACCACAAAACAAUUCAAUUCAAGACCAAAAGAAAACCAAGCACAGCAGCUCAUGGCGGCUCCCAGCCCCACCAGACUCUCACUUGCCAUGGAGAGAACAGGGCAAUGGGUUUUCUCUCAAGAAAUUCCAAGCGAUGUUAUAGUUGAAGUUGGAGAAGCCCAUUUUUCUCUCCACAAGUUCAUGCUGGUGGCAAAGAGCAACUACAUCAGAAAGCUGAUAGUGGAAUCAGGAGAGAGCGACCUCACCAGAAUAGACCUCUCGGACAUACCCGGAAGUCUAGAAGCUUUCGAGAAAGCAGCCAAGUUCUGCUACGGCGUUAACUUCGAGAUCACCGUCCACAACGUCGCUGCGUUGCACUGCGCCGCCGUGUUCCUCCAGAUGACCGACGAGUACUGCGAUGGCAACCUCGCCGGAAGAACGGAAGACUUCCUCUCUCAGGUCGCCCUCUCUAGCCUCCCCGGCGCCGUCGUCGUCCUCAAGUCCUGCCGGCAUCUUCACCCUUUUGUCGACAACCUCAGCAUCGUUAACCGCUGCGUCGAAGCCGUCAGUAACAAGGUUUGCAGCGAGUCCAACUUUCCCAGCCGUUCACCACCGAACUGGUGGACGGAGGAGCUUGCCGUCCUCGACGUCGAUUCCUUCGGGCAAGUGAUCUCCGCCAUGAAGCAGCGCGGCGCCAAGUACCUAACCUUGGCAGGAGCGUUAAUGACGUACACAGAACGCGCGCUCCGGGAAUUAGUCCGGGACCAAACCGGCGGCGGCGGAGGAAUCCUGUCAUCAGACACCGGCGAUUUCGAUUCGGAAUCAAGAAUUGAACAACGCGAGCUUCUGCAGUCCAUCGUCCAUCUCUUCCCAUCCGAGAAAGCGGCAUUUCCGAUCAACUUCCUCUGCUGCCUUCUCCGGUGCGCGAUCCACCUCCACACCUCGAGCGGGUGCAAGCGCGAGCUCGAGAAGCGGAUCACGGAGAUCCUGGAGCACGUGACGGUGGACGACCUACUGGUUCUUACGUUUACGUACGACGGAGAGAGGCUCUUAGAUCUGGACAGCGUACGGAGGAUCAUCUCCGGCUUCGUGGAGAAGGAGAAGAGCACGUCGGUGUUAAACGCAGGCAGCAACGUCAGGGAUGUCUGCUCCGCCACGAUGCAGCGCGUGGCUAAAACCGUCGAUGCAUACCUCGGCGAGAUCGCCGCGUACAGCGAACUAACCAUCUCCAAGUUCAACGGCAUCGCUAUCCUCAUCCCCAAAAGCGCACGAAAACUCGAUGACGAUCUAUACCGCGCCGUGGAUAUCUACCUCAAGGUGCACCCGAACCUGGAUGAGAUACAGAAGGAGAAGGUGUGCAGUGUGAUGGACCCGCUAAAACUGUCUUACGAGGCGCGUGUGCACGCGUCGCAGAACAAGCGAUUGCCCGUGCAGAUCGUGCUUCACGCGCUGUACUACGAUCAGUUAAAGCUUAGAAGUGGGACGGCGGAGGAUCGGGACGCUGCGGCGGCGGGGAAUCAGCUGCAGACGGACGUGUCUUUGGUGAGGGAGAAUGAGGAGUUGCGGACGGAGCUGAUGAAGAUGAAGAUGUACAUUUCUGAUUUGCAGAAUAACGUUAAUGGAACGACGUCGUCUAUGAAGGAAGGGUCGGUGUCCGCCAAAAAGCCCACGUUCUUAUCGUCAGUGUCCAAGAAACUGAACAAGUUGAACCCGUUCAAGCAUGGGUCCAAGGACACGUCCCAUAUUGACGAUGGGCCUAUGGACUUGACCAAGCCCAGAAGAAGAAGGUUCUCUAUUUCCUAGAUUGGUUUUCUUCUCUAUCCGUCGUUACUUGUUACUAUUUCAUUUGAUUAUAUCUGUGUCAAAAAAACUAUAAGAUGAAAUUUGUUUUGGGUAGGAUGUGCUUAAUUAUUAUGGCGGUGUUGGUUGAAUAGGUUUCUAGUUUGUCUUUAUUAUUUUUUCUUCUCUCUCUUU